GCUUCUUCCACUUGUAUAAAUAGGAGGGGCCAACAGACGCGUUGAUGUCAAAGGGAGGAGCAAAGCGUCCUGACGAAUCUCUCCAGCUAUCUAUCAUCUUCGACCCAGUUCUCGUUCGAUCAUCGUUCCGUUCCCUCCUCUACACAUCUAGAUACCCUCAUACAAGACACACACACACACACACACACAUACACAUCAGACAUCAUGGGCGUCUCCACCGAAGUCCCGCAGACCGUCGAGUGGGCGGGGAAGAGAGUCCCCAUCUACCCCAUGGAGACGGUCGACUUCGGACGAGUCCUGUCCCAGGAACCCGCCGAGCUGGAGAUCCUUCUUCGCUGCUGCCAGGAGCAGGGCUUCUUCUACCUCGACCUUAACGGCCUCGACGGCAGCCGGUUCCUGGACGACCAGCAGAAGACGCUCGACCUCAUGCACCGCUACUUCGAGUCUCCCAUCGAAGCCAAGAACGAGCUUGGCCUUGUCACCGCACAUCUUGGGUAUGAGCCCGUCGGCUCCCGCACGGGUGGUCUCCCCAAUACCAGGGACGGCUAUGAGAUGUUCAAGGUCUCCCGAGACGAGAUCCAGAGGAAGGACCCCAAGUUCCCCAAGAUCCUCCAGAACGACACCGACAAGGCGAUCCUGAAGAACGCCAUCUCCGGCUCCAACAUCGUCACCAAGGCCGUCCUCUCGGGCCUCUCCUCCGCCAUGGGCCUCGUCGGCGCCGCCCGCUACGAGAACGCCCACCGCAACGACCGCCCGUCGACCUCGACGCUGGCCAUGAUGCACUACGUGCCCGCGGACCCCGUCAAGGACAAGGAGAUCGGCCACCAGAAGCACACCGACAUCAGCUCCCUGACGCUCCUCUUCGCCGAGGAGUGGGGUCUCCAGAUCCGGCCGCCGGGGACCAAGGAGUUCGGCUUCGUCGCGCCCAAGAAGGGCUGCGCCAUCAUCAACGUCGGCGACUCGCUGCGCUUCGCCAGCGGGCACACCAUGAUGUCGUGCAUCCACCGCGUCGUGCCCUUCAACCCGGAGGAGCACCGCUACUCCAUCGCCUACUUCCUCCGCGCCGAGAACGAGACCAUGUUCACCGACAGCGAGGGCCGCUACGUCACCGCCGGCCAGUGGCACGACGAGAAGUUCUUCCUGUUCAAGGCCACCCCGGACGUCCAGGCCCUGGCGCCGCCUUCGAUGCUGUACGGCGGCAUGACGGCCGACGAGGAGUGGACUCCCUACGCCCAGUCGGUUGCCAAGGCGCACGCGUCCGAGGUUCCGGCCGAGGGGCCGAAGCAGGCGCCCGUGGUGAAGGAGAACUUGGUCAAGGCCCACUGAGCGUGGUUUGUUUUCAGAUAGAGCAACAUUGCUUAUUUUGAUCGUUUGUCCUAAUGCAGUAAUUGAGCACUUGAUGCAAGGUACCACC